AUGAUACGAGGUAAUUGGAAUCUAGCAGAUGAAUUCAAAAAGAAUGAAAGGAAGCAAGUUUCUAAAAUACAACAACGUCAAAAACAUCAACAUAAACUAGAGAAAUUAUCUAAAACUGAUCCUAUAAAGCUUUACUACAAGAUUCAAAGAUUAGAACAACAAGAUGAUAAAUCAGAGCAAGACAAGUCAUAUUUAGAAUCCCUAAAAGAAGAUUGGUCAUUUAUAGAAAAGAAUAAACUUCAUGAAAAUAAAUUAAAACCAUUCCUACAAGAUAUACAAAAAAAGGAAAAGGAAAAACUCAAACAACAAACCAAACUAUGGGGACUGAAAUCAGUUUAUUUUAAUCCAGAAUUGAAUCCCUUGGGUAAAGUUCCAGUUAUAAAUAAUUUAUCCUUUGAACUAAAUCAUCCACUACAGAAUCUAACAAUUCCAUUAAAGGGUAAGCAAGUUAAAUAUGAACCUGAUCCAUUGAUUAAUGAACUAGGCAUAAAGUGUCCAUCUGGUGAACCACCAAAGUUUUUUAAACUUAUUCAGAAUACAUCCAAGUCCAAGUUCAAACCAAACCAAAAACCUAAACAAGAAGAACAAGAACCAGAACUAGCUAAUACUGAGGUUCAAUUGAAGAGUUCAGAUGAAGAAAAUUCCUCAGAUGAAGAACAGCUGCAUGCAAAACGAAUAAAACUUACCUGA